AACAAAAAUAAUAAAUCACCAUCGUUAUCCCCUUCCUAGGGUUCCUCUCUCUUUCUCUCUCUUCUUUCGUUUUAAGCCAAAGCAUAUUCGCUAAGAAACCAAAACCUUCCAGCCAUGAAAAGUUUUGCCCAAUUACCUGUACAGAUCUUCGAUAGAAGCCCUACAGAUUUCAUUUAAGGGGGUUUCUACUUGAUGGGUUUCCGAAUUUUUUUUUUGGAUAUAUUAGAAACCGCUGAAUUUUUUUGAUUUCUAGCUUUUAUUGGGCGCUUCUAUUUAGAAUUUUUACCUUCUGCCUGAAUUUCAAAAUUUUUAAUCGUUAAUUAGGGUUUUUUUUUCUUUGCUCUUUUAACUUCGCUUCGAUUGUUCCUGGCGUCGAUUGUUCUCGGUCUUACUGUAAUUGAGAGGUGUAUAUAUGAUGGAUGGGUUUGGGACUGGCAGUAGUAGUCAACAAACUCCCAGAAUGGAGGAUCUUAAGCAAUUUGGAGAUAACAAUACAGGAGGUGCCGUAUUCGAUGCAUCCCAAUAUGCUUUCUUGGAAAAGACGUUGGUGAGGAAAUUGAGUUGGGAGGCUUGGAGGAUGAAGAGGAUGACUUGCCUGCAGCUGGGCUAGAUGAAGAAGAGUUCCUUUUUGAUAGAGAAGAGGGUGGGGUUCUAAGGUCCUUGUCUGAUAUUGACGAUCUUGCUAGUACUUUUACAAAGUUAAACAAGGAUGUUAGUGGACCAAGAGGCGCAGGGGUAAUUGGUGAUAGGGGAUCCAGAGAAAGUUCAUCUGUUAGCGAGUGGGGGCAAGGGGAGGAGUUCCCUAAUUGGUUUGAUCGGCAUAUAAAUGACUCUGAAAGCAUUCCAGAAAGCAAACGAUGGUCAUCACAGCCAUACUCAUCUUCUCAUAUUGCAGAACCUCCUAAUAUAUAUAGAACAUCUUCAUAUCCCGAGCAGCAACAACAGCAGCAACAACAUCAUCAACACUUCUCCAGUGAACCAAUUCUUGUGCCAAAAUCUUCUUAUACUUCAUAUCCUCCUCCAGUGCAGAUCACAGCAUGCGUCGCCAAAUCACCACUCAGGCCACCUGAAUGUUCCAUAUCUUGCUGGUGGACCGCAGAUGGCAUCUUCCCCAAAUCUGUCUCCCUUCUCUAGCCCUCAUCUUCAAUUAGCAGGCAUGCAUCAGGUGUCGCAGUUUGGGGGAACGUUGCCUCAGUUUGCCCCUGCUCUCUCUGUUAGUAACCGACCAAUAAGCCAGUGGAAUCGGACCGGUAUUUAUCCUGGUGAUAACUCCAGCCUCUUGAGCAAUAUGUUGCAACAACAGUUACCUCAACAACAAUUCUCUCAUCAAAAUGGUUUGGUACCUCCACAGUUAAUCUCACAGAUGCAACCACCACAACAUAGGAUGCACCAUCCAGUCCAAUCAUCACUGGGCCAUUUACCGGGGUUGCAGUCACAACUAUUCAAUCCUCAUCUUUCCCCAUCCCCACCGAUGAUGAGCAAUUUUGAUGCAAUUCUUGGUCUUGGUGAUCCAAGAGAUCAAAGGCCAAAAUCAGCUCAGAGAAAUAGACAGAAUCUACGCUUUGCUCAAGGUGCUGAUACUGGUGGCCUUAAGAGUGACAGUGGGUGGCCACAGUUUCGAUCAAAAUACAUGACAGCUGAUGAAAUUGAGAAUAUUCUCAGGAUGCAGCUGGCAGCAACUCACUGUAAUGAUCCAUAUGUAGAUGAUUAUUAUCAUCAGGCUUGUCUUGCAAAAAAAUCUGCUGGGGCAAAGCUGAGGCAUCACUUUUGUCCAACUCACUUAAGGGAUCUUCCUUCCCGUGCACGUGCUAAUAAUGAACCUCAUGCUUUCCUCCAGGUUGAUGCUCUUGGAAGGGUUCCUUUCUCUUCAAUUCGUAGGCCUCGUCCCCUUCUCGAAGUGGACCCUCCUAAUUCAAAUUUUACUGGCAACUCUGAGCAGAAGGUUUCUGAUAUGCCCCUAGAACAGGAACCUAUGCUUGCGGCUAGAGUUACCAUUGAGGAUGGUUUAUGUCUCCUUCUUGAUGUAGAUGAUAUCGAUCGUUUUAUACAAUUCAAUCAAUUCCAAGAUGGUGGAAAUGAGUUGAGACAGAGGCGACAUGCCUUGUUGGAAGGUCUGGCAGCAUCACUCCAACUGGUUGACCCACUAGGCAAGAAUGGCCACACAGUGGGGCUUGCUCCACAGGAUGAUCUUGUGUUCUUGAGAUUAGUCUCCCUUCCUAAAGGCAGGAAGCUCCUUGCAAGAUACCUUCAGCUGCUUUUUCCAGGAGGGGAGCUUAUGCGAAUUGUCUGCAUGGCCAUCUUCCGUCAUUUAAGGUUCUUGUUUGGAGUACUUGCUGCAGAUCCAGGUGCUGCAGAAACAACUAAUAAUCUUGCUAAGGUUGUUGCAUCAUGUGUUCAUGGAAUGGAUCUUGGUGCACUUAGUGCUUGUCUUGCAGCAGUCGUUUGUUCCUCUGAGCAGCCCCCACUUCGUCCUGUUGGGAGCUCUGCCGGAGAUGGGGCUUCUCUUAUCCUUAAAUCCGUGCUUGACAGGGCAACAGAACUGCUUCGUGCUACAAACUACAACACUGCUAAUAUGUCACUUUGGCGUGCUUCAUUUGACGAGAUCUUUAACCUUUUCAUGAAGUAUUGCAUAAACAAAUUUGAUAGUGUCAUGCAAUCAUUGCGUUCUCAGGUUCCGCCAAAUUUAGCUGUUGAGUUGUCAGAUGCUGCCCAAGCUAUUGCUAGGGAAAUGCCUAUUGAACUUUUACGUGCAAGUUUUCCUCAUAUUAACGAGCAGCAAAAAAGGGUCUUGAUGGAAUUCUUGAAGCGUUCCAUGCUCGAUAGUCAUGAAGCUGGCAAUGGUGGUCAAAUGAAUUCAGAGUUGGUGCCGAGUUGAUAGAGAUGCAAGUAUGAACAAAAUACAUGCCAGUGAACCGGUCAAUGAUGAGAAGGUUGAAAAUGCGAUGAAAGUGUUCAUUGGAUCAACGGAAUUAUGGGGUACAUGUGUUAUACAAAGUUCCUCUGCAACAUCUAAUAAGGAACAGGGCUGUGAAUGGUGGAUCCAUGGUACCGUUUUCAGUCCUUUCAGAUUUCUGAGUUUAAAUGUUUACUUGUUUUUGCUUAAUUCCAUGCUGCUGCUUCGGCAAAACAAGCAGGCGUAUGUGUAUUAUGUUAGAACUGUGCUGCGAUUUAGUCCUCUUCUAGUUUUUGCUAUGAUUUUCUUUUUAAAUUUUUUCAACUAUGGGAGCUAAUUUUGGUGCUCUACUGUGAAAUUCCUGACAUGGAGGCGUAGCGGGUUUAGUAUGUAUAGGGUUCAGUACAGAAGAUGGGAUCUCUCACUUUCCUGUUCUAUUAUUUUUCCAAGGAGGUGGGAUGGAUGUUGUGUUUAUCUAUUUGAUAAAAUAGGCCUUGCGCUAGUAAAUGGCAAUAAAGCCAUGGAUAUCAGCUGUAGUGUCCUCAAAUGGGAAGAAGUUUGUGGUCUGAACCGUAAUGAAAUCUAAGCCUAUCUGUAAUAGUGGGUUUUGCUUUAAAUUCGAAUCCUUUCUAGA